AGCAGCGGUGACCUGAGCGAUGUAAAAUUUGCCGUGGGGCGUGCAUAUGGCCCCGUAAAAGUCUUUUCAACACACAAAAACAUCUUGAGCAUGCGCAGUCCGGUGUUCCGCACUAUGUUCUACGGAAGCCUACCCGAAAACUGCGACCACCCCAUUCCUGUUCCCGAUGUUCAUCCUGAUGCCUUCGCCAACAUGCUCAGCUAUUUUUACACCAACGACGUCGAGCUCAGUCGCAACACUGUCUUCCCCACCCGAUUCUGUGCGGACAGGUACGAUGUGCCGUUACUGGUCGACCAUUGCUCGCGGUUCAUCUUAAGUCAACUUGAAGCAGGCAACUGCUUAAUGUAUCUGGACAAGGCGGUUAAGUGGAAUGCCGAAGACAUCGUUGAGUCGUGUUUGAAAUUAGUGGAUAUGCAUACUGAAGGCAUUCUUCGCUCCAAACGAUUCAGCAAACUGGAUAGGAAAUCGCUAGAGCUAAUUUUGCAGCGCAGCACACUGCAGGCAGCGGAAAACGCGAUCUACAUGGCAGUCGAAAAGUGGGCUGCAGCCGCCUGCGCCCGUAUUAACGAGGAGCCCACUGCUGCCAACCGGCGACGAGUACUGGGCGACCUGCUGUACUUAGUGCGGUUCCCGCUGAUGAGUGAUCAGGAGCUAUUGGAUGGACCCGCUGAGAGUAAUUUAUUACUGCAAUCCGAAUGGUGGGACAUUUUUCGGCUCAAACACGCCAAAGCGAAGCCGGAAACACCCUUUUUUGCUCAACCAAGAUUAAGCCCAGGAUUUGUUCCGCUGCCACCGUUACCGGACGGGAUAGCGCCGACGACAGAGUCAUUCUCGCGGUCUUCGUGGUGGAUAAGGAAGUUCAUCCAGUCAUUCUUGUGGUUGGCCGGGAAGCUGCUAGGGUAUCCCGUUCAAGUGGUGCCUGCAAAUUGUUUUCCGAUUUUUGGGACGAUCGUUCUGCGGCGCGGAGAAGGCAUUCCUUUAGGAAUAAGUAUUGUGCGCUUCCAGGCUGGCGGCCGUGAUUGUGGCGUGCCCAUCUAUGUGAAGAGAAUCUUAAUCGGAGGAAGCGCCCACAAAGAUGGACGACUGCUGCCGGGAGAUCAGAUUAUUCGACUGAACGGAGUGAGUCUGCAAGGGGCCACGCAUGACGAGGCUGUCAGUGUGUUCGGGAACGCCGGGAAUAACAUGGCAAUAGACGUUAUGCGACUCUCGUUCCUGGCUGUUCGCAGCCCCACCGCCCAUCACAAUGAGUGAACUGUGUUUCUUAUACUUUGGUUUCCGUUAGAUUUAAUUUGCCCUGAAACUGUCACAGUAAUAAUUUGUGAACACGAGUUCUA